CCACCCCGUUUCGUCGGAAUGUGUUGAUCCCAACAGCUGAGGCCCUCGAAAACUUGUAGAAGGGUAGACAAAUCAAAACACACUUAUCAACAUAAUAUCUGCAAUGUCUCAACCACAAAGUGAAACAAUGGACGUCACCACCGAGGCCAAGCGGAUUAUGGUUCAAGCUUUAGGGAAAAUGUACACUUUACGCACGCAACGUGGUGGACUUCGCCUUCACCGAAGUUUGUUGAUCACGCUUGUAAUGAGAUCGGCGAGAGACAUUUACCACAGCUGCCGCAUAGCCAGUGAACAACAAGAACAGCAAGCUAACUUCACUGGAGUCACAAAGGAGUUAUGUCAAACAGCAGGCACGGACACUUCUUGCGUCCCAGAGAAUGACAACUCCUCGCUUGCUUCAAAUACACAAGAAACGCAAAACUCAAAGACUAAUGUCCAGGGUGACCCACAUAACCACGACGCUGAAGGGUCAGAGGACAAGGAAAAUCUGAGUACCACCAGACCCGACCGACAUUCCAGAAAGCGCCGCGGCAAAGCCGCUGUUGAGCCCGACUUUCUACCAUGUAAAAAGGCGAAAAUGGAAGCCGAAGCCAUCAGGCGGAAUUCACACAGCGCGGCGCUAAGGACCUGCUGUGGAAUAAAUGACUCUUUAACGCAUAUCCCCAUGCAGAGGAGCAUCGUUAGCUUUUGAUGAGGCACAGUGACAGUCGUUCAUUUCUAACACUGCGCUUUUUGCGCACGAACAGGGAUAUCCAAGAGAGGCCAAAGUCCAAUGACAUGUGGAGACUAUCUCGGGACGGAGUACGACGGCGAAUCCACGGCUGGGAUAUUUGGAUUUGUCUAGAUCCAGUGCCAGAUGAGUGAAGGUUUGCGAUCAGUGCAUCCAUCAAGAGUGACCGGAAUUCCAGUCAAGAAAGUGUCUCAGAAGAGCUGUCCAGUUACCGUUGACUGAUUUCAGUCAGAAGAGAACUAUUUGUUUCUACAGUUGUCCAGCCAGCCAACACGUUGACUGUUGUAGAUACAUGUUUUGUCAGUUCACUUGUGUACAGAAUGUACUUGACAGUUCUGUAUAAAUCUGUGUUCAUGUGUAGCCUACUCAUGUUGUGUGGACAAGGACAUUUCACUGGAAGGUGCAUCAGUGACUAGAAGUGGUAAAGAAUCUCGAACACAUUCCGAUUCCAUACGCUACCUCAUAUUUAUUUAAUAAAACGUUUAUUAACAAGA